AGAUCGUAUCUAUAACGAGACUAACAAUAUUGACUCAACCUUUGCAAGUCAACGCCAAGCCGAUUGUCCACGUAGUGGAGGUGAUUCCAACCUUGCUCCUCUUGAUCCAGCGCCAGUUCUUUUUGACACGGAAUAUUUUAGUAACUUGUUGUGCAAGAAAGGGCUUCUGCACUCUGAUCAAGCACUGUUUAGCGGUGGACAAACUGAUAACCUUGUUCAAAUAUAUAGUACCAACCUUGGGAUUUUCGCUAAAGAUUUCGCUGAGUCUAUGAUUAAGAUGGGAAAUAUCAAGCCAUUGACCGGGGAUCAAGGUCAAAUUCGCGUAAACUGCAGGAAGAUGAUGAGAACGAGUGUAGCUAAUGUUUCAGAUCAGGAAGGAGCUGCUCUCCCUGUUGCUAGAGGCCGAGGGAGGGCUCAUGUCCGGGGUAGAUGA